AAAUCUGAAAUUAGGCUCGAUUUCCCAGAUCGACCCAUCGGCGUCGACAGAAAUAAAAUUCAAUAUGACGAACGAUUCCUUAUUCGCCUUCGUCUCCUCCUCUUCCUCCGCCGUCUACCCAUUCUUCACUACCCAAACCUCACGCUACCACCAUCGUCUCCGUUUCCUGCCUCCUCCUCCCUCAUUCUCUCCUCCUGCUCGACGCCGGAUCUCGUCCCCUGUCCGUUGCACCUCCGGCCUUUCAGAUAUGGAUGUUGCUCAAUCAGGCUUGUAUCCAUUACAGCGUUGUAAAACUGUGCAUCUGGUUAGGCAUGCACAAGGUAUUCAUAAUGUGGAAGGUGAGAAGGACUUCAGUGCAUACAUGUCUCCAGAACUUUUUGAUGCACAUCUUACUCCAUUGGGAUGGAAUCAGGUUGAUAAUCUUCGUAAACAUGUAAAAGCGUGUGGCUUGUCAAGGAAAAUUGAAUUGGUCAUUACAUCUCCAUUAUUGAGGACAAUGCAAACAGCAGUUGGAGUGUUUGGAGGUGAGAGUUAUACCGAGGGAGUGAACAUACCACCUUUGAUGGUUGAAAAUGCAGGGCACAGUGGUCAACCUGCUAUUUCCAGUUUGAAUUGUCCACCUUUCAUAGCAGUUGAACGAUGUCGUGAACACCUGGGAGUUCACCCAUGUGAUAAGAGAAGAAGUAUAAGCGAGUAUCAACAACUUUUUCCUGCAAUUGACUUUUCUUUGGUAGAAAAUGAUGAAGACGUAUUGUGGAAAGCUGAUGUAAGAGAAGCUAAUGAAGAAGUUGCAGCUAGAGGAGUGAAGUUUAUCAACUGGUUAUGGACACGUAAAGAGAAGGAAAUUGCUAUUGUUAGCCAUAGUGGAUUCUUGUUUCAUACUUUACAAGCAUUUGGUGGUGACUGUCAUUCUAUUGUGAAGGAGGAAAUUAGUAAACACUUUGCUAACUGUGAACUGCGCUCCAUGGUUUUAGUGGAUAGAAGCUUGCUUGGUUCUGAAACAUCUAGUUGCAAUUAUCCUGGCAAGAUACCGCACGGUCUUGACCUCCCGAGUGAUGUUGCCGAUGAGAAGCAAACGGAGAAACCGUUUCUAAAUUAACAUGGUCGAGUGUAGGUUAUGGUAUGCCCAUGAAUCAAUCAGCUACAUAAAUGCAAGGAUUCAAGAGUUUUUGGACAACUUUAUUGUUUGCUCAGGAGGAAUGCCGGUGCAUUCUUUUCUCUGGUCACUUAAUUAAUUAGCUAUAGGCAUAUACUACAUUUAAGGAAAUUGUAUCUUAUUAUUUUGAUUAAAUCCAACAAGUUUAUAUCA